AUGGACUGGGAAAGAUCACUGAAUCGAACCAAGGUGAACUUUUCUACUCCAGCCUCCUCUUCAUCUUCGCUCUUGCCUGACUCCUCGUCCUCCUCCUCUUCCUGCUGCAACUCUUCUCGCUCCAUCUUCUCAGCCUCCCAGUUCUCAGCCCCCUCUUUCUCUGGGCUCGACUUCCUGUUUAACCUGAAGCUCAUCUUCAUCCCUCUCUACUCUGCUGUGGUCCUGGUUGCGUGCUCUGGCAACCUCCUCCUGCUCUUCCUCAUCUGGCACAAUAAGAAAAGACACAACACGACCAAUUUUCUCAUCAGCAACCUGGCACUCGUCGACCUGGUGAUGUGCGUCUUCUGCGUCCCUUUGACCGCGUCCUAUGCAUUUGAUAAGCGCGGAUGGGUGUUUGGAUCCCACAUGUGCCACUUUGUCACCGUCAUGCAAUCCGCAGCUGUUUACGCGGCCGUCCUCUCCCUCAUGGCCAUUGCGGUGGAUCGUUACGUAGUUGUGGCUUAUCCCAUCCGAAAGAGAGCCAGCUACCGCUUCUGCUGGGUUCUUGUAGUUCUGAUCUGGCUCUCCUCUCUGGCUUUAUCCACGCCUACGGCACUGCACACGGUCUACCUGGACCUCCAGGCGGCAGGCCUGCAGAUGGCUGUAUGUGAGGAGUUCUGGGAUGGCCAGGAGCAGGGUCGCCUCAUUUACUCCUGUUUCAUUCUCUUCUUCUCCUACUUUGUCCCACUGGUUGCUGUCUCCAUUUCCUACUGUGCCAUUUCCUAUCAGCUGAAACACAGGAUGACUUCGAGCUUGACAGCAUGCACGGAGCUGAGAUCUGCACGGACCACCUGGAGCAGACGGAGGAAGAAGACCUUCUGCCUGCUGCUGGUGUCCGUCCUCUGCUUUGCCUUCUCCUGGCUUCCUUUACAGGUGGUGAACCUGAUCCGUGACCUGGACACAGACUUCUCCAUCCUGGGGAAGAACUAUAUCAACGUCAUCCAGGUGUCCAGUCACCUCUUUGCCAUGAGCUCCGCUUGCUACAACCCAUUCAUUUAUGCUUCGCUGCAUAACAAAUUCCUCUCUUACCUGUGUCUCCACUUCCUGCCCUGGAGAAAAGGAAAAGCGAAAGACAGGCGACAAGGGUCAAGCGUCCUGACGGUGUCUCACAGAAUGCCGCGCCUUUACACCUCCACCAUUGCGGCAGAUUUGCCGGGUGUUGUUGCAAAUAAUGCCGAUCCUCAAGAAAACUACACAUAA